AUGGACUGGCUAUCAACAAGCAAAGACACAGAUGCCCCUGUUGCAGACACCUCCGCAGAACAAGACGCGGAAAGGGCAGCAGAGGAGACAUCCGCAACAAGCGAAGCAGAGAACAGCGAGAGAGGCAAAGGCAAAGGCAAAGGCAAGGAGAAGCCAUUUCACGCGGACAUCGAACCACAGAUUGCCUCGGACCGGCUCGUCAAAUUGGCCUUCUACGAGUGUGUACGACAGGUGUUGGAGAAUGGCAUGAGGAUGGUUGGAAUGGUGCCUUUGAAGACGUGA